AUGGCACCUGCUGCUACCGGUCUGUCCAACGAGGCACAAGCCCCCAACCCCUCCCGAUUCGACCCCAGUUUCACCCAACAUGUCCUUGACACCAUGGGUCCCAAGACCACCGACAGGAAUCGGGUGGUCCUGGGCUCACUGAUCAAGCACCUACACGACUUUUCGCGAGAGGUCGAGCUUACCAUUGACGAGUGGAUGGCCGCCGUCCAUUUCGUCAAUGAUGUUGGCAAGAUUUAUGCUGAGUCGGGGAAGACGAGAAACGAAGCUCACAGAGUUUCUGAUAUCCUCGGACUGGAGACACUGGUUGAUGAGAUCGCUCACAAGAUCGUCUCCGAGUCAGGCGUCGACCCGACGUCAUCGGCGAUCCUGGGCCCCUUCUGGUCGCCCAAUGCGCCCUUCCGUGACAACGGGUCGACCAUCAUCCAGAACCCGGCGCCGAACGGCCGGGUGUGCCUGAUGCACGGCGUGAUCAGCGACCUGGUGACGGGCAAGCCGAUUCCCAACGCCGUCUUUGACAUCUGGCAGGCUUCGUCUAACGGCAAGUACGACUUCCAGGACCCAGAUAACCAGAGCCCCAACAACCUGCGUGGCAAGUUCCGCGCCGACGAGAACGGCAAGUACUGGUUCUACUGCUACCACCCGACUGCCUACUCGCUGCCCACCGACGGGCCUUCGUACACCCUACUGCAGAUGAUGGACCGCCACCCCAUGCGCCCGGCGCACAUCCACAUCAUGGUCACACACCCAGAGUACAAGGGCUGCACCACACAACUGUACCCCAAGGACGACCAGUGGCUGGCCACCGACACCGUGUUCGCCGUCAAGGACGACCUGGUGGUCGACUUCAAGCCCCUCAAGGGCGACGACAAGGCCGUGCUGGAGCUGGACUACAACGUCAUCCUCGCGCCCAAGGACUACACGGGUAAGACGUUCUGA